AUGUCCGACUCCGACUCGGAUUCAGACCUGCCCCUGGCCAGGUCAGUCUCGGCACCAGAACCUGGCGAGUACACCUACGAGGACGCCCACGCAUCAGACCCUGCGAUCCUCUCUGAGCCAGCUAGCCCUUCCAUGGGCCCCAGUCUCGUACCCAACAUCUUUAUGCAGUUAUCGUUCAGUCUCGACUCGUUCAUCUCCCAGAACCUCGAAGAGGAGUUGACAGACCUGCCCAUCCUCGCCAACCAGAUGUAUAACAGUCUCCGUUCCGACCUGUCCAAAACAAAGCACCAACUCAGCCAUCAUGUGGGCACUACGAAGCGGCAGAUCCGUCACCAGGUCGACCACACUACCAGCAACCUCAAAUCUCAGAUUGACACGUCGAUGAUGAUUUGGAAGCAGCAGAUGAAGAAGGCGAGUGUCGUGCGGUUCAUGGACAAGAUUGCUUUCACGCUGGGUAUGCUCGAGUGCUGUUGCACCCCGUGGGUGAUCUCGCAAUACCCCGAGUGGAUCCCCUUUGUCCACACCUUCCAGGUCUCGAUCCUCAUCGUCGUCCGCUACUUUCUCUACAAGCGCAAGUCCUGGCACUUUUUCCUCCUCGACAUGUGCUAUUUCGUGAAUGUCGUCGUGAUCCUGUAUCUCUAUGUCUUCCCUCAAUCACAAGCUCUUCUUGGCGCUGUUUGGCUUCUCUCGCAUGGGCCCCUCGCCUUUGCGAUUGUUACAUGGCGCAACAGUCUUGUUUUGCACAGCCUGGACAAGGUCACCAGUGUCUACGUUCACAUGAGUCCGCCCAUUGCGCUCUAUGUCGUUCGAUGGCUGUAUCCAGACCCCAACUAUACCCGAUUCCCAGCUCUGAAGGACAUGCCCGUCUUACCCACGUUCAGCUCGCUGACAUACGCCGUUGCGCUCUACUUGACGUGGCAGGUGGCAUAUUACGUCUUUGUGGUUGUCCGUCAGAAGGAAAAAAUUAAGGCAGGAAAACGAGUGACCUCAUACACUUGGUUGCUCAACGAUCCCAAAGCUGGCGUCAUCUCCAAGGUUGCUCAUACCUUUGGUGAAAAGUACAGCAUCGUCACCUUUAUGGGUAUGCAGCUCAUCUACACCUUCGUGACAUGCCUGUUUGCACUGCUGUCGUACAAAUACUUCCGGCUGAACACUGUGUUUCUUGUCGGUCUGUUCUUGGUCAGUGUCUGGAACGGAGCGAGCUACUACAUGGAAGUGUUCAGUAAACAGUACGAAAAGCAAUUGAACAAGCUGGCAGAGGAAGUUUCGUCUGCGGUGGCUGCCAACCAGCGGGCUCACGACUCUGCAGGAGCAGGAGCAGGAGCAGGAGAAGCUAUAGGAAACGGUGGCAAUCAUUCCUCCGUUGAAGCAGAACCUCAGAAGAGUGCUUCCGCCAAGAAGGAUGACUGA